AUGGGAAUCCAAUGGGCAGGGUGGGCUAUGCCGAAGAUCCUACCUCAGAACCCAGAUGAAGGACCUAUUGUUGUUUCAACGUCUAAAGGCAUCUCAAUGAUUGGCGCACGCCCCUGGGUUGGACUCUACAAUGUGACAAUCUUGUCGACAGAUGUGUCAGCGGCAAGAAGGAUUGCAAGGAAGGUCAGUGCUCGUGGCGGGGGGCUUCCGAAGGUGCAAACUUUGGGGCUUGUUCAUGACAAGGAUUCAACUGAAAUAGCCUGCAUGCUGUUGGAGCCUAAUCAAAUUGGAGCAGACAGAGUGCAGAAACAUAUCGAGAUGCUGGCAGCAGAAGAAGGAUUGGAUGUAGAAAAAGGAUACUUCACUGACUUAUCACCAGAGAUGAUCAUAGAAAAAUACAUGAACCUUAUAUCUGCUAACAGAUCAUGAUUGCCACAUAAAUCAUUUGUUGAUAAACAAUAAAAAAAUUUGUGAGAUCCUAUUGGCCUUGCAACUUUGUAAAUAAAGUUGUUGUAAUGAAACUGAAACAAGCACUUGAAAA